AUGGCAGAAGUGUCACGGCCAUGGAAACCGGCGGUGAAGCUGGAGCCAGAAGAAACACUGGCCAGUUAUGUUUUCAAUUAUUCUGUGGUACUUACACCAACUCACGUCCAAAAGAAACGUCGCGUUCAUUCAACUAAUAACAUGCCAGGAACAAUGCACAUUGGACGGAAUCAGGACAAGAACAUGACGCUAGCUGUGGGCCUUUUACGUCAAUAUCGUCUUGUGGACCAAGUGAAGCUGCAGGAACUUUAG